GGCUGGCCCGCCCUUCCCCCCCCCCACUCGCGCAGCACCGCGCCGCCCGGCCCGGCCGCUCCCACUGCGCAGGCGUCCUCUCGUCCUCCCAUCCCCCCGCGCGGCCGCCUGUCCUCCCUAGGCGGCGUCCGCGGCGCGAGCCACAGCGCGCGGGGCGAGCCAGCGAGAGGGCGAGCGGCGCUACCUGCUGCCUGCAGCCUGGGCCGGCCGGCGAGCCAGUGCGCGUGCGCGGCGGCGGCCUCCCCUGCGACCGGAGAAGACGAGCGGGCGAGCUAGCGGAGCGGGGCGCGAGGCGAGGCAGGGCUCAGCGACAUGGGGGACCGCGAGCAGCUCCUUCAGCGGGCGCGGCUGGCCGAGCAGGCGGAGCGCUACGACGACAUGGCCUCCGCCAUGAAGGCGGUCACAGAGGGGUAGAGCCACAGCUGCGGCCGCCAACGUGCCAUGUUCACCCAGUGCACAACCUCCUGAGACGUGGGAGGAUCCGCCGGGGCCCCACCCUAGACCUACAGACUCAGAAACUCGCAGGGGUGGGACUCAUAUCUGCACUUGAACCAGCCCUCAUGGUGACCGAGCUCAACGAACCUCUCUCCAAUGAAGACCGAAACCUCCUCUCUGUGGCCUACAAGAAUGUGGUCGGUGCCCGGCGGUCUUCCUGGAGGGUCAUCAGCAGCAUCGAGCAGAAAACCACGGCUGACGGGAAUGAGAAGAAGCUGGAGAAGGUUAAGGCUUACCGGGAGAAGAUCGAGAAGGAGCUGGAAACAGUGUGCAAUGACGUGCUGGCCCUGCUGGACAAGUUCCUCAUCAAGAACUGCAAUGACUUCCAGUAUGAGAGCAAGGUCUUCUACCUGAAGAUGAAGGGCGACUACUACCGCUACCUGGCAGAGGUGGCUUCUGGCGAGAAGAAAAACAGUGUGGUCGAAGCUUCAGAGGCAGCCUACAAGGAAGCCUUCGAAAUCAGCAAGGAGCACAUGCAGCCAACACACCCCAUCCGGCUGGGCCUGGCCCUCAACUUCUCCGUGUUCUACUACGAGAUCCAGAAUGCGCCCGAGCAGGCCUGCCUCUUAGCCAAACAAGCCUUUGAUGACGCCAUAGCCGAGCUGGACACACUAAACGAGGAUUCCUAUAAGGACUCCACGCUCAUCAUGCAGCUGCUGCGAGACAACCUCACCCUCUGGACGAGCGACCAGCAGGACGAGGAAGCCGGAGAAGGCAACUGAGCGCCUCGGCCCACCCCCGCCCCGACCCCAUCACCACCGGUCCUUCCUCACCACAGUCACUAAGUAUCUAGUGCUAAACCUAUCUGUAUGGCAGCACAGCUACUCAGAUCUGCUCUCUGCCCCCGGGAAGCAGUUCCAGAUAAAUUUAUGGGCAUUGCUGGACUGAUGGUUGCUUUGAGCCCACAGGAGCUCCCGUUCUGAAUUGUGCAGACAGGUGCAUUCUGAAGGAGGCAUUUUCCUAUGCCUGCUGAUCUAGGUGAAGUGCAGGCGAAAGCCUCGGGGAAGUUAGGAGAAUUAACCACACAGGCUACAGUUGGUAUUUAAAUGGUCCACUUAAAACCAGCUGCUAGUGUUUUGUUAAAGCAGUACAUCUGUGCAUGCAAAAGUGAAUUCACCCCUCCCACCUCUUUCUUAGCUAAUGGAAAACUGUUAAGGGAAGCUGAUAUGAGAGACCACUUGCUCCUUUCCAUCAGCUUAAUAAUAAACUUUAACGUGAGGUUUCAGUAGCGCCUUGUUUGCCUCUUUAAAUUAUGAUGUGCACAAACCUUCUUUUCAAUGCAAUGCAUCUAAAGUUUUGAUACCUGUAACUUUUUUUUUUUUUGGUUGCGACUGUUUAAGAAUCAUGGAUUUAUUUUUUUGUAACUAUUUGGCUAUUGUCCUUGUGUAUCCUGACAGCGCCAUGUGUGUCAGCCCAUGUCGAUCAAGAUGGGUAAUUAUGAAAUGCCAGACUUCUAAAUUAAAUGUUUUGGAAUUCAGUGGGUAAAUAAAUGCUGCUUUGGGGAUAUCA